AUGGCCAACCUUGAAGACACCUUCAUUGCCAUCAAGCCAGAUGGCAUACAUCAAUGCCUGCUGGAUGAAUUCCUGGUGGCCACGAAGUUCCUUCGAGCUUCUGGAGGAUGCCUGAAGCAGCACUGCCUUGACCUGAAAGACCAUCCUUUCUUUCUGGGACUGGUGAAAUACAUGAACUCAGGGCCUAUGGUGGCCAUGGUCUGGGAGGGGCUCAACGUGGUGCAGUCAGGCCUAGUGAUGCUGGAAGAGACCAAUCCAGCUGAUUCUAAGCUGGGCACCAUUUGA